AUGGUCUUGCUGAGCACGUUGCUGUCGCUCGCGGGUCUCGCAGCCGCCCAUCCCGCGCGCGGGCCGGCCUCCUCCCCGCAGUGGAAGAAUCGCGCGGCGGCUCUCAGCAACUAUCGAUUUGGGGCUGCGUCGAAUUAUACUUCUUUUGACGUCUCACCGGCCAAGGGCUCUCAACGCAUCAGGCGGGAACGUGAUGACGCCGUUGACUAUGUUGACAUUGCGACACGAACACUUCGGGACGCUGUUCCCGGCGCUGCUUUUCGAGUGAUAGACGACGCUUAUGUGGGAACCAACGGUGUUGCACACGUUCAUUUCCAGCAGACUAUUGGUGGUGUUGAUGUGGAUGACGCCAGCUUCAAUGUCAAUAUCCUCGAGGACGGGACUGUUCUGUCUUUUGGAAACUCUUUUGCCAAGCGAGACCUGCACAGAAGAAACUACGAAGAGGUAGAGCGCGACCCUCUUGUGGCCUUCAAGAGCGCCGUCGAGCUUUUGAAUCUCCCCAUCACCAACGCUUCGAGCGCUACCGCUGAGCCAACGGACGAGGCAGGGCUGUUCGUCAUCCGAGGUACAAAAGGCUCGUCCUCAGAUCCGAAAGCCCAGCUGGCCUAUGUCCGACAUGAAGAGACUGUUUUGCUAGUCUGGAGGCUGGAGACCAACAUCGAUGAUAACCAGCUACUCGUUUACGUGGACGCCAAGACCGGGAAGACAAUCUCUGGUGUUUACGAUUCUGUGAAGACUGCGAGCUACGAAGUCUACCCCUGGGGAUCCGGCAACCCGACAGAGGUAAAUCGCAAGCUCGUGGUCAACCCUGAAAAUACGGCCUCGUCACCCUUCGGCUGGCAUUCCGACGGAGCCCAGAGCUUUACAACGCUGCGCGGCAACAAUGCCUUCAUCACCUACCCCGGGGACAGCACACCCGUCAAUUCUCCGUCCCUCGUCUUCUCCUACCCCUACUCGCCAGUCGCCAGCGGGGAGCGGUACACCGAAGCAUCAGCCGCGCAGGGCUUCUACACUGUCAACAAGUUCCACGACAUCCUGUACGCUCUCGGCUUCAACGAGCCUGCGGGCAACUUCCAGACGAACAACAACGGCAAGGGCGGCGCUGCCGGAGACCCCCUCAACCUCACCAUCCAAACCAUGACGGGGACGGCCUUCAUCACCGUCCCCGCGGACGGCACCAGCCCCCGGAUCCAGAUGAGCAUCUGGUCCGGCAGCCUCGCGCGCGACAGCGUGUUCGAGACGACGGUCCUCCUCCACGAGUACAUGCACGGCGUACGGCCCGGGCUCGUCGGCGGCCCCGGCAGCGGGGCGGUGCCUCAGCAACAUGGACGGCCUCUCGAUCGAUGGAGGGCUUCUCGGACCUCGUGCCCACGAUCCUGCGCGUCCAAGCCGGGCGACACGCGCAGCAGGGACUACACCAUUGCCGGACUGGGUGACGGCCAAGCCGAGUCGCUGAACCGCCUAGUCGUCUCGGGGGGCUUCGACCUGGCCACCGUCUGGGCGUCGGCGCUGUACGACAUCUUCUGGAACCUGGCCGACGCGCACGGCAUCGGCGGCGUCGACGGCGUCGUGCUCGACGCCGCCGGCGUGCCGAGGGGCGCGCGGUACCUGCUUCUCAAGCUGGUUCUCGACAGCGAGGCCCUCAUGCCGUGCAACGCGAACCAUCUCCAGGCGCGAGACGCGUUGCUGGAGGCCGAUCGCGUCCUCACGGCAGGGGCCAACCGGUGUGCCAUCUGGAAGGGGUUCGCGCGGCGAGGGUUCGGGCAGAACGCGACGGUCGGUAGUGGCACGCAAGGUCGUGUCAAUGGAUUUGCGGUCCCGUCUGUGUGCUAG